GGAGGAGGGAGAAAGCAGCCAAGCUGGUCACAUUCACACACAGAGAGAGGCAGCCUCGCAUUCACCAAGGCGCACAGCUCAGGGAGCGCGCACACCAGUCUCCGGCCGGGCUUUGGGAAAACUGGUCGUUUUUUCCCCAAACAGAGAAAAGCACCGAGCCUGGGCUCCUGGAGACCCAUUACUACGUUUGGAGAAGCGAAGGCAGUGCUGCUAGUAUGGUCCGAAUCAUUUGGCAAGACAUUGGUUGCUAGAUUCCAGAGGAAACCGUUUUUUAUUCCUUUCUCUCACUUUGGUGCAAUUGGGACAUACUGGUGGACAAACACGAGUUGAGAAUGAGGACAGCAGAGGACUCCUCUGGGACUGUCCUUCACCGCUUGAUCCAGGAGCAACUGAGGUAUGGCAACCUCACUGAAAAUCGUACCCUCCUGGCAAUCCAGCAGCAGGCCCUGCGUGGAGGUGGUGGUGGAGGAGGAAGUGGUGGUAGCCCACGGUCCUCCCUGGAAAGUCUCACCCAGGAGGAGAGUCAGAUGGUCCAGCAGUCCACACGGCAGGAGCCGCAGGGCCAGGAGCAUCACGGCGAUCAUUUCUACCUAGAGAAUAACAUGUACCACCUCUACCAGCCUCAGCAUAAAGGAGAGGAGCUCCCCACCUACGAAGAGGCCAAAGUUCAUUCCCAGUAUUAUGCAUCACAACGAGGGGGUCAGCAGGCUGGAGCAGCCUCAUCUGGGGCUCAGGCGGAAGGGGGACCACGCCGAGCCUGUGUUUCUGACGCUGGCAGCAAACACCAGGACGAGUCACUGAAAGAGCUGAAACAUGGACACGUGCGAUCGCUGAGUGAGCGGCUCCUGCAGAUGUCGCUUGAGAGGAAUGGAGCCAAAGCUCAGAACCACAUGAGUUCCUCUCACAGCUACCCUCAGCUGUCAAGGCAGCCCCAGCUCUCCGUCUCCAGGGGGAAACCCUCAGAGGCUCCAGUGUCCUAUGGCCAACCUCCAGAAUAUCCCUAUCUAAUGCCUUCCCAGGAAGCAUCAGGUGGUUACCUCCCAGACCCUAGGCACCACUACAGAGAAGGUCCAGGAUUUCAACAUCCUGAAAUAAGGGUAAUGCAGACCCAGAUGUCCCAAGCUUUCCUGCCACAACAAGCUGCCAUGUGCCACAGCCCUCUGGCAUCGCUCUCUUCAGCAGGCAUGGAGGCCCUUAUGUCAGCUCAGGUGGCUUCUGCCAAUAACCACUUGUCCCAGAUGGAAGCUGUAUUGAUGGAAAAUGAGAGGAUACUGAGAGAAAAUGACAAUCUUCAGAGGGAAAAUGAGUUGUUGCGGCGGGAACUGGAAAGCUACAGUGAAAAAGCCAGCCGAAUCCAAAAGCUGGAGACUGAGAUUCAGCGAAUUUCAGAGGAUUAUGAAAACCUAAUGAAAGCAUCUUCUAAGCGAGAGACAUUGGAGAAAGCUAUGAGGAACAAGAAGGAUGGGGAGUUGAGGCGGCUGCAGGACUUCAACCGGGAUCUGAAAGAGCGUUUGGAGUCUGCAAAUAAGCAGUUGGCUAGUCGGGCACAGGAACACCAAGACGGUCACCAAGGGACGAUGGCAAAGCUCGUUGCCCAGAACUAUGAGUACCAACAAGAAAGAGAGAAGCUACAGCGCGAAAUUACACGACUGCAUAGUGCCAGCGAAGACCAACGUCGGCGGGCUGAACUGCUGGAACAGGCGCUGAGCAGUGCCCAAGCACGGGCUGCCAAAACAGAGGACGAGCUCCGGAAGAAGCGGGCAUACGUGGAGAAAGUGGAAAGGUUGCAGCAGGCACUAGCACAGCUCCAGGCAGCCUGCGAAAAGAGGGAGCAGCUGGAAAUGCGUCUCCGCACUCGCCUAGAGCAAGAGCUGAAGAUGCUGAGGGCUCAGCAGAGACAGAUGGGAGUGCCUGGUGGAGGAUCUGCUGAGCUGAAUGCCCACAUGCUCUCUGAACAGCUGCGAGAAAAAGAGGAGAAGAUCUUAGCCCUGGAGGCUGACAUGACCAAGUGGGAGCAGAAGUACCUUGAAGAGUGCACCAUGAGACAGUUUGCCAUGGAUGCUGCUGCUACAGCUGCUGCGCAGCGAGACACCACCAUCAUCAACCACUCCCCGCGCCAGUCCCCCAACAGCAGCUUUGAUGAAGACCUUUUGCUGGCAAAUCACAAGCACCAGGAGAUGGAGAACAGGCUAAAAGAACUUCAUGCACAAAUACUUGAGAAGGAUGCUGUUAUAAAAGUUUUGAAACAACGUUCUCGUAAAGACCCCAGCAAGGCUCACCAGAGUGCUCUGAGACCUGCCAAAUCUGUCCCAUCCAUCUUCGGAGCCUUCGGUGCCCACUGGUCAGGUUCCUCUUCCAGUGAAACUGGCUCUCAAAGCAAUCCAGCAUCUCACAAGGCCUCAGCAGAAACAAGCACCCCAUCACCUUGUGUCACUUUCCAUGCCAAAUGUGGUAGCAAAGAUGGGAGCACCCAGACUGAAGGCUUGCCUGAGAACGCCCAGUUUGACAAGACUGAGUCCCAUCUUGAAAGCAGCAGUGGUGCGGCAAAUUCCCUAGAGACUUUGCCAGCUGCUAAAGCCCUGGAUCUGUCAGACAUGGUGGAGAUUCUUAUCUGAGGGACCGAGAUUCCUCUGCACACUUCAUGUGCCCAAACCUAGCCACACUUCUGUGCCUUAUCAGGACAGUGACUAAUGAGACUGAGGAACCCUUCCAAAAACUGGAAAAGGCUGUGAAGCAUGGGACAGAGAGUCUAAGCAAGAGGCACCAGAGAAGAAACACGGAUAUGGGAUAUGAAGCUUCAAUUGCAAUAUGUCUCUUGAACAGUGGGUGCCUUCUGUAUUCCAGAGCAGGUUUCUUCCCCUUUCUGCAGUGGAUGGCACAGCAGCUGGAGCACUGUGCAUAAGUGAUGCUGGCAUAAAGACAGCUGCUCCAUCUGUUAUUUGCUGAUAGUUUCCUCAAGAGAUGGGAAUGCAAGUUGGGGAGUCAAGUGGGAUUCUUGUGCUGCCAGGCUGUGGCCGUGACCCUACAGAGGCCAACAUAUUGGGUUUAGGUCCUGGAAGCAAAAACCUAUGCCUAAUUUUACUGGACUUCUCCUGGCAGGUACCUGGACCUGAAAUGUAAGCUAUGUAUGCAAAGGGGUAUUGUUUGAUGCUUGGCCAGAUGACAAAAGUCCCUGCACCAUUUCCCCCUAAUCUCACCUCCCAGGAAAGAGACUGCUGCAGAUCCUGGGGAUUUCAGACAAUCUCUUCCUUUCUUGCCACUGGUACUGGGGAAGAGGGAAAUCAAGGCGAUGUUACUACAUCUUAUUUUCAUUUUUGUAAAUAAUAAUAUCUCUGAAUGCAAGCCCAACAGUAAUCAACAUUUCAGCCACAGUCCUCUUGCUUUGCACUCUUCCUUUCUGAUAACUUGCAGUAGAUCUGCCCGUUUUCUCUAUUCGUUCCUCAAAAACUAUCCACUCACUCCCCCCUUUUUGUUUUCAAAUUUCUUGAGUGUUUGCUUUUUCCUUUCCUACAUUUCAUAUCCUGUUUGUCCAGAGUUAAAUAUCCGCCUUCGGAGUCCUUCAGAUUCCAUUUCCUUUGAAGCAAUUUCCCAUGAUGCUUCAGACUGGAAUUUCCCUGCUCUGUGUUUGAACAGCAGCCGCAGAACGGCCCAGGCAUUUCUGUUCCUGUGUGUGUUGGCUGUUUUCAAGCUGCCUCUUCUGAACUGGAUGCGUCCCCAUGGGGUGUAGAUCAGCACAGCUGUAUUGGAAUGAGUGGUCUUGUUUCCCCAGCUGGCGUAACACUGGGGUCAUUCCAACAGCGGGGGAAACUAUCUGAUCCAAGGCAGAGUCGGGACUGGGCUUCUUCCUGACAUGAAGUGUCAUGAUUUAAAGAGGGAAUUGGAAACUAUGCUGAGAGAGAGUGGGCGAAGUAUGGUGUGGUAUGUGUGUGGAGGUUUGUGUUGAGGUGAUGUGUUUUUGAAGUGAGGGCAUGUGGCCAAGAAGGGGAAGUAAUUUCCCCCCUAAAGAAAUAAAGGGCAUUUGUGGGAAUGCUCUGACUGAAUAUGGAUGUGCAAAAUGACUUUAGGUAUCAGAUGUGUCUCUUCUUUUAAGGCAGACUACUACUAGAUAAGGUAUCGAUUGCAGACAUAUCCCUCCCUUUCCUUGGAACCACUCCAAAAUCUGCAGUAGAAAGCCUUUUACACUCCUCUGCCUAUUGACAGCUGGCUUCUGACAGUGGCCAACUUCGAUUCCGAGUUCCUGACGGACUCUAGCAACUCAUGGUGCUUUCUUUAUUCUGCCUUCACACACUUUCAGUUCCCCCUCCUGGAGGCCCCCAUCUGUGAUAAACGGUGCAUUUGCUGGACAACUGCAUUCAAAAACGAUGGGGGGAAAAUCCCCCUCCAUAAAUAAUGUAAAAAGGUGUUCAGUUAUUGUGCAUUGUUUACAAAGUGAAAACAAAGCAAAAAAAAUUAAGAGAGAGAAAGAGACACAGCUUAAUAUAUUUCAUAUUAAUAUUUGGUAUUCUUUUUAAAAUAUUUUUGUGCUGUGAACUUUUUUUCUGCCAAAGACAGUGAGGGGUAUUUUUUUUUCUUUUUUUCCCUUUUUGGUGCAUUUUAAGUUAUCUCAGAUAUUUAAAUGUAAACCUGACUUUUAUCAUGCCGCCCUAUACCGAGAUUGCUGUAGCAUUCCACUUGGUAUCACAAUAUUUUAAUUAAAAAAAUUGUCUAAA